AAACUCAAUUCCGCGCCAGGCCUGCCAGACACCUGCGCCCUCCUGCAGCCACCGCCACAGCUGCCAGCAUGUCUGGCCCAGACAUCAAGACGCCGACCGCCAUCCAGAUCUGCCGGAUUAUGCGGCCAGAUGACGCCAAUGUGGCCCGCAAUGUAGGCGGGACCAUCCUGAAGAUGAUCAAAGAGGCGGGCGCCAUUAUCAGCACCCGGCAUUGCAACCCGCAGAACGGGGAUCGCUGUGUGGCCGCUCUGGCUCGGGUCGAGUGCGCCGACUUCCUGUGGCCCAUGUGCAUCGGUGAGGUGGCCCACGUCAGCGCGGAGAUCACCUACACCUCCAAGCACUCUGUGGAGGUGCAGGUCAACAUGAUGUCCGAAAACAUCCUCACAGGUGCCAAAAAGCUGACCAAUAAGGCCACCCUCUGGUAUGCGCCCCUGUCGCUGACGAACGUGGACAAGGUCCUCGAAGAGCCUCCUGUUGUGUAUUUCCGGCAGGAGCAGGAGGAGGAGGUUCAGAAGCGGUACAAAACCCAGAAGCUGGAGCGCAUGGAGACCAACUGGAGGAACGGGGACAUCGUCCAGCCAGUCCUCAACCCAGAGCCGAACACUGUCAGCUACAGCCAGUCCAGCUUGAUCCACCUGGUGGGGCCUUCAGACUGUACCCUGCACAGCUUCAUGCAUGAAGGCUUGACCAUGAAGGUCAUGGACGAGGUCGCCGGGAUCUUGGCUGCACGCCACUGCAAGACCAACCUCAACACAGCCUCCAUGGAGGCCAUUAAUUUUGACAACAAGAUCAGAAAAGUCUGCAUCAAGACCAUCUCCGGACGCAUGACGUUCACGAGCAAUAAGUCCGUAGAGAUCGAGGUCUUGGUGGAUGCCGACUGUGUUGUGGACAGCUCUCAGAAGCGCUACCGGGCCGCCGGUGUCUUCACCUAAGUGUCGCUGAGCCAGGAAGGCAGGUCGCUGCCCAUGCCCCAGCUCGUGCCGGAGACCCAGGACGAGAAGGGCUUUGAGGCCUGGCUCGGUGGCUCACGCCUAUAAUCCCAGCACUUUAGGAUGCUGAGGCAGGCGGAUCACUUGACGUCAGGAGUUCAAGACCAGCCUAGCCAACAUGGCAAAACCCCAUCUCUACUAAAAAUACAAAACUUAACUGGGCGUGGUGGCGGGCGCCUGUAAUCCCAGCUACUCAGGAGGCUGAGGCAGGACAAUCUCUUGAACCUGGGAGGCAGAGGUUGCAGUGAGCCAAGAUCAUGCCACUGCUCUCCAGCCUGGGCAACAAGAGCAAAACUCUGUCUCAAAAAAAAAAAAAAAAAAAAAAAAAACUAGAACUCAAAUAUCCAGGAUUUUUAAUCAGGUAACUAAUGUAGAUAAGGGGGAAAAAACUAAGAAUAUACUGAUUUAUGCCAAGCGCGGUGGCUCACGCCUGUAAUCCCAGCUCUCAGGGAAGCAGAGGUGGGAGGAUAGCUUGAACCCAGGAGUUCGAGACCUGACUGGGCGAUAUAGUGAGACCCCGUUCUCCACAAAAAGGAAGAAAAAAAAGACAAAAAAAAAAAACAAUAAGCGUAAGAAUAUACUGAUUUACCUGGGAAAAUGUUAUUUGUAAUCCCAACUUGCUCUCUGAAUGUAAUAAUAUCACGUAACAUCAGUGACUUUUGUUUUGUUUUGUUUUUUGAGGCAGACUUUCGGUCUU